AUGUUACCAUCUCAAACUGCUGGUGUGACUGUGAGUCCCAGCAGAUCUCAGUUCUUUAGAGGAGAAUCUGUGUCUCUGAGCUGUGAGGAGGACAGCAGCUCUGCUGGAUGGACUGUGAGGAGAAACACAACCAGAGGAACCAGGACUCAGUGUGGAGAUGGAUGGGGGAUACCAGCUGGUUCUACCUGCACCAUUGGCUACCUGGACCCAUUGGACAGUGGAGUUUACUGGUGUGAGUCCAGAGAGGGAGCAGCCAGCAGCAGCAUCCAGCUCAAUAUCACUGGUGGAUCAGUGAUCCUGCAGAGUCCUGUCCUCCCUGUGAUGGAGGGAGAUGACGUCACUCUGAGCUGUCAGGCAAAGACCGCUCCCUCCAACCUCCCAGCUGCUUUCUAUAAAGAUGGCUCCCUCAUCAGGACUGAGCCUGCAGGUCACAUGACCCUCCACCAUGUGACCAGCUCUGAUGAAGGCCUCUACAGGUGUAGCAUCAGCGCUCAUGGAGAG